GGCACUUCGAAGUGUAAUUUAGACAACUCAAUUUUCUUUCUAUUUUAUCUUGAAUGAAUCAAGUAUUAUCUGGGAUACUAAAAUUUACACAAAUUGGCAAAGAGACAUUUUUGAAUCAACUUAAACUAUUGAAUGAAAAUUCGAAUGCAAUAGCAGCUGUUAUUACAUGUGUUGAUUCACGUGUUGCACCAUCAAAAUUUUUAUGCUCAAAUGUUGGUGAAUUGUUUAUUGAAAGAAAUCCUGGAAAUUUUGUUUGUUGUGAAAAUUACACAUCAAGUCAUUUCAAUAAAAUCUCUGUUACACCAGGAUUUUUAGAGAUGACUCUGAUUCGAUGUAAAAUCAACGAUUUAAUUAUAUGUGGCCAUUCAGACUGUCGGGCAAUGGGUGUAUUGAAUAGCUUUAGAAACUAUAUGGAUGGCCAUGUACAACAUAACAAUAGCAAUGGAGCUGAUGUAAUAGAACCUAGCCCCUUAGAAAACUGGAUAUGGGAGAAUGGAAAGAAAACUUUACAAAGCUUCAAUCUGAAGUCAGAUAUAAUCAGCUUUUCGUCCACAAUUCAUCCAAAAUGUCCAACACUUGAACUUGAUAUUAGAAAAAUCAAAAGUUUACCAGAAAUUGACAAGUUAUCUCAGGUGAAUGUAUUACAACAAAUGAUAAAUGUCUAUUCUUACCAGACAUUAAUAAGUCAAAUUACUCAGAGGUCAUUACGUGUACAUGGUCUAUGGUUUGCAUUACAUUCAGGUGAUGUACAUCUAUACAGUCGAUUGAACAAAGAAUUUAUACCUAUCAGUCAAGAGACAAUACCUUCACUUCUUGAUGAGAUGAAAUAAAUUAUUUUACUUUUAUCAUGAUUUAUCGGAUGCUGUUGAUUUAUCUUAUCUAAUUUAAAAAGUAUUUUUCUGGCUUCUUAAAAUUUUUUUCAUUGUUUCACAAUUUGGCAGCUAUUAGUUUUAUUGUAUUGUCCAAGUUUAUAUUUUCUUAGUUCCUCGUGUCAAACUAGACAGUACGGUCAGUACUAUUAUCUACUCAAAUUGACUGUGAUAUAGAUAUAGUUCUUUCUUAUUGAUUAACUCAGGGUAUAUAAAUAAUUGUACCAUGUUUUACGUACGAUUCAUUAGAUUUUUUAGUAAGACAAAUUAUUCUGAAAGCCUUUCUAUUCCCCUCUUGGCUGACUGACUUCUGGUUGUAUAUCUCUGACUUAACACAUUUUGAUAUUUCCCACUUAUUUUAUUUUGUGAUUAUUGUUUCUUAUACAAUCUAGUCAUCAGUGAAGGUUAUAUUAUUUUGACGAUUCUACUAUAUUGUACUUAUCUGUAAAUUACCAAUAAAUUCUCUAUACAGUAUUGAUA